GAACCAAAGUAUGUCGUGUUUCUACCCGGGUGGAGAAUGCGGGAGCACUCUCGGUCAAACUGAGUAUGCGGUGAACAAAUUUAGCGUAGCUUGUCGCCCGACUGUGUCCAGACAGCAUGUUGUCGAAUAAGUUCGGCCGCCUCAUGUUAGGGCUGUACAGCCGCAAACGGAGCGCUGUGUGCGGCGUGACGCGGAGCGGCUUCAGCUGGACUGCGGUGUGUAAACAGCGGACACUGUGGCUGCAGAGGAGCGCCUGUCUGAAGACCCAGCAACACGCCGUGCCCUGCUCCGUCAGUUUGCGAUCAGUCUCCCAAACCACAGUGGACCCAGAUGAGGUGAGAAGGUUCCAGUCACUGGCCGGCAAGUGGUGGGAUGAACAGGGAGAAUUUGCAGCUCUUCAUGCCAUGAAUGACCUGAGGGUGCCUUUUAUACGGGAUAAUCUGCUGAAUGUGCACAACACGCGUCAUCCUGGGAAACCACUCGCAGGACUCAGAAUACUGGAUGUCGGCUGUGGAGGAGGCCUGCUCACAGAGCCCCUGGGUCGGCUGGGAGCCAGCGUGUUGGGUAUAGAUCCAGUGGAGGACAGCAUCGGCACAGCCCAGCUGCAUUCUUCUUAUGACCCGGACCUUCGCGACCGGGUCUGCUACCGGGCCUGCACUCUGGAGGAGCUCUCUGCAGAGGAGGAGGAGGAGGAGGGAGGAGAGGAGGAGCAGGGGGCGGGCCAGUUCGACGCCGUCGUGGCGUCCGAGGUGGUGGAGCAUCUGGCCGACCUGGAAACAUUCGCCUUCUGCUGCAGCCACGUGCUGAAGCCAGGAGGCUCACUCUUCAUCACCACUAUUAAUAAAACCAACCUGUCGUACGCGCUGGGCAUUGUCGUAGCCGAGCAGCUGCUGCGCAUCGUUCCCAGCGGGACGCACGACUGGGAGAAGUUCAUCAGCCCAGUAGAGCUGGAGCGCCUCCUGGAGUCCAACGGUUUCUCAGUGCAGUCUGUCCAGGGAAUGCUGUACAACCCAGUGUCAGGAGCCUGGAGCUGGACUAACAGCACCGCCAUCAACUACGCCCUCCACGCUGUCAAAGUGAGAGACGAGCAGGCGGGGGAGAGCGGCUCCCACCCAGAGGACGACACUGCAGCCACACACAGCUGAGCCAAACAACCUGAGAACAAGUCAGAACAUAGACAACCAUCAGUGCAGAUGUGUGUGGAGUCCCAGCUUCCCCAUGGAAGACUGAGAUCAUUGAAGGAAAGGGACAAACAGCCUGGAGACAGAAUUAGAGAUGUACUGUAGCUGCUGUUCGCCCUCAGAGUCAGACUGCAUUGUGUUGAUGUGUGGUGAACUGUACGAGGCAUCUGUACGUCCUGUAAUCACUUCAUAACAGAGUUGCAUAACCUCAGAGUUUAUAAUGUUCAUAUUCAUCACUUUCAGCGUACGCUCCACUGAAUCGGCUUUAUAUUUCACCUUGAGUAUUUGCCAUUUCCUCGAUUAAAAUGGUCUCAUCAGCUGCA